AUGAUAUUUCAGGUCCGUGCUGACACCGUUUAUUUGAUUGACGACCACAACAAGGUAAUAUUGCCCGAUCAGGGCGGUGCAUUUGACAACCUGGAGCUACUGGGUGGUGGCCCCUAUGAAGUGUACGGCGAAAGCACAAAUGAUGGAGAACCUGGUGAAGGACCCCAUCUACCUCCAACCAGCAAACUCCUGACCGCUUUGCUUUUCGCCGCCCAUUCAGUGCUAGUAGUACCACUAGUCCAGCAACUUUUCAGGCUUCAAAAGCAGCUGGACCAAAGAUGUUACAAAGGAAUGUUUUUAUAG